AUGAAUCAAGUUCUAGUCUUCUUAUUUGUUAUUGUCCAGCUGGUAACGCUAUCCUUAGCUCAGUUCGGUUGGGGUCCUGGUUAUGGAGGCUAUCCAGGUCGUGGUUUCGGAGGUGGCUUCGGUCGUGGAAUGAAUCCGGAAGUUAUGAUGAUGGACGCAAUCGAUGGAGCCAUCUUGGGUGCAGUUGAAGGUGCCAUGGAAGGAGCAAUGUUCGGAUAA